UACGGACGUCGUGCGUGCCGCGUCACGUUUGCAAACCAAGAUGGCGGCGCCCUGGAUAGCCGAACGUUUUGAUUAAAUUUUGAAGUGUGGGGUGUACAGACUCGAGAAAGUCAAUCAAGAUGCCAGCCGUGCUGAACCUUAACAAUGAGGUGGUCAGGCUGAGGGCGGAGGUGAAAAGAGUUAGGGUGCUCAUCAUCCGCAAGCUCAUCCGCCAGAUCUCGGUCCUGGAGAAGAAGAAAGGAAGUCAGGAGGACUUGGAGAAGCACCGCAGGCGAGCGGCGAGACUUCUGGAGGAGAUCAAAGAGAUGAAAGGGAUCGUGCCCGACAAAGUCACGAAGAGCGCUCUGCAGAUGGAGAUCAGUUUCGAGAAGGUGUGCAAGAAUAAAGAGGCAACCAUUUCAGAUCGUGCCAUAGCGCGAAUUGCCACGCACCCACAGUUCAACAAGAAAAUCCAGAUCCUUAAAGACGCAAUCAAAGCCUUCAAAGAUGAAAGAAUAAAUGAGAUGAAAUCUGAGAAACAAGUGAAAAAGAAGGCAGACAAUUUGAAAGAUCAGCCACAAGAGGUCAAUGAUAAUAAAGGUCCUGAGAAAUUAGAGGACGAAGAGAUGAAACCGAAUGAAGAGAAGAAACCGAAUGCAGAGAUGAAACCAAAUGAAGAGAAGAAACUGAAUGAAGAGAAGAAACCGAAUGAAGAGGAGGAGGAUGAAAUGAUAGAUAAACCUCAUGAGGACUCCAGCGUCGAAGAGGUUUUGCUCAAGAUGAGAAGAGAGUCGAAGAACAUUAGGGUGCUGGUCUUGGGUAAACUGACGCGGAAAAUGGGUGCUCUGAAGAAGAAAAAAGGUGACGAAUCUGCGGUGAAGACGAACCAAGAACUGAUAGCAGAACUCAUGAAAGACAUCCAGGCCUUAAGGAACCUUAAACCAGACCAGCCCACCAUGACAGCUCUUCAACAGAACGUCGAACUUGACAAGGUUUUGCAGGACCCUCAGGCAAGCCCGAUGGACAGAGUCAUUGCACACAUCGUCACACAUUCCCGGUUCAUCAACAAACUUCAAAAAGUGAAAAAUUUGAUUGAAGAGAAAAAAGCUAAGGCAGCAGAAGCCAAACGGAUAGAGAUGGACAGACUGAAGAAUGAUGGAAUGACGGGCAUGGAGAAGGAGGAAGAUGGUGAAGAGGAGGAGGAUGAUUAUAGUGAAGAAGAUAAGGAUGAGGAGGAGGAUGAUAGUGAAGAAGAUAAGGAGGAGGAGGAGGAUGAUAGUGAAGAAGAUAAGGAGGAGGAUAAAGAAAAGGAAGAUGAUGAUGAUGAUGAAGUAGGAGAGGAAAAUCUCACCAGUCUUUCCAUCAAAGUCCAUAAGCCAGAAGAGACCACAGGCUCUGAUGCUGUAAAGUUGCCACCAAUCCAAGUAAUCACAACACCUGAAAAAUCCAAAGCAACCAUAGUUAAAUCACAGAAUGCCAAGGUCACAUCGUCAAAAUUUUCCCCUAAAAAGUCUUCGACCGUUAGCAACACAGAAUCUAAACUACCAAUAAAUGUCAAAAAAACUGAGAAACAAACUGAAAUCCCCAUAAAGCCAGAAACGAAUGCUCGACAACAAAAGGAUAACGAAGAGAGUGAUCUAUCAGACGACGAUGAAGAGAAGGAAUACUUUGAUGACAGCACAGAGGAGCGUUUCCGUAAGCAGUCGUCUCAGUCGGAAGAGAGCGAGGACGAUGACUUCUUCAUCAGCAAAGUUAGCAAAUUUAAGAAAAGGAAAAGUGGUAAAGCUAAAGUUCAGGCCAAAGAAACCCAAGCAAUUGAAAAACCCCAAGAGACCAUCCUUGGUAAAUAUGAGUCUGAUUUCUGCUCGACUCUGUCCAAAUCCAGCACCUCCUCGCAGAGGGUCAAGCAUGGCUCUCGUCAGGAUGGUUCAAAACCACCUCGGUUUCAGAAGAAGGGUCAUGAUGGCAGGAUGAAACCAUCUCUGUAUAAAGACCGGGGUAAUGAUAGGAGGGCGGCACCUUUCAAACCCAACAAACAAACAUUUAAUAAUGUGGGAAAAAGGCAAGAUGGUCCUCCAGGAGCUGGGAGGGGACGGUCACAGUUUGAGCAGUAUCAGAACCAGAAUAGCAGAGGUCCGGGUGGCAAGAUUUCAAAUCAACAGCAAGAAUUGCUUCAUCCUUCAUGGGAGGCUAGCAGGAAGAGGAAAGAACAGCAGGCACAUAUCCCGGUGUUCCAGGGGAAAAAGAUCAGAUUUGGUGAUGAUGAUUAAGUUGUAUCGACUGAAGUCUAAAUAUCUUGAUAUUCUAAAGCAUUUGCCUGUAUUUGCUGUGAAUGUCUGUAAAACAUGUUGCAAAUGUCUUUGUUACUGCACAGUCGCCGAUUUUUGUCUUGUACGUGCAUUUAAUCAAAAUGCAUUUCCAUCUGUAAAAUAAGACUGUAUAGAAGUGUUUUUCUCUUUUCUAAGAUAUCUUUCUUUUAGACAAUUAAAUUUCCAGGAUUUAUCAAGUGAUCGUGUUAAAUCAUUUUUAUGUGGAUAUGUUUUGACUCCAAAAUGUGACCCUGCUUUAAUUGACUGUUUUCUCUACAUAAAACCAUCCUAUAUAAUGUAAAUCACAUUAUGCCGAAAUAAAUCCUUGAUGUCUUUAAUAUGA